CUCACAUCACGCACGAUAAGUACAGAGCAAGAUUAAUUAGGCCCAAAACGGCGAACAUAUGGUUGGAAGAACCCCUGAGGAUGGCAGGAGCCGAAACAAUAUGAUUCAAGUGCGCAUUCUUUCCGUUCCAUAUCAAGCAUCAAAGCGGCUAUGGUUGAUGUUCCUAUUGAUAACCCCAAACCACGUAAUAGCUGGAGUUUAAGCAACUCAACCUUUGAGAACUACUAUUACAAGCCAGUAGAUCAGCGCGUCAAGGACGCUACGAUUGUGAACACGGCCUUCGGAAAUGUUAUCAAGAAGAUAGUCAUAUUCGAAGCAACGGCAAUUGUGAUAUGUACAGCAUACAAUCAAUAAUGAAUCUUUUUAUUUUAUAAAAAAUUCAAUUUUGA